AUGGAGCCAUUGCGGGCGGAAGGCAACGCGUGUUUCAAGGCGCAGGCGUUCCCAGCGGCUAUCGACAAGUACACAGCUGCGCUUGCAGCUGCUCCGUCUUCAUCUGAGCUCACCGACGAGGCCCGGAGCGACGUCAACGCGCAGCGCGUGGUCCUCUAUAGCAAUCGCGCUGCCUGCUUCCUGCAGCUCCAGGACUUUAUCCAGGCGGAACAGGACUGUACCCGAGCGCUGGCGCUCGAUCAAGACAAUACGAAAGCCCGAUACCGACGUGCACAAGCGCACAUGGGGCUGGGCAACAUGUCGCAAGCGUUCCAGGACGUGCGUUGGGUCUUGCGGCACACGCCGACGAACAAGGCAGCGAUUGCACUGGCUCGGAAGAUCCAAGAGAACGUGCAGGAGGAUGUGCAUGGCGUGCAAAAGGCACUGGACACAAUUGAUCGUGGUGUGCAGGGAGACCAAGUGGGAGCAAGGGACAACACGGGGCUGCACGAGGGAUGGGUACAGACGUACGACAAGACAGUCGCCGCUCUGCAGUACCUGGAAUCAAAAAGUGUGGCUGAAGUUACGAGUUUGCCCGAAGAGAUUGUCAAGAAACAAGGACUGCAAGUGCUCUGGACUGCGGCCAAGACGCUCGUGGACGCCAUGCGAGCAGAGCAGAGCGAGAGUGACAAGGUGUCAAGUAUCUUGAUGCACGUCGUGUCGCUGCUGUCGAUUGUCGCGUCGGCGUCAAUGACGUUAGCGGAACGAACGUUUUGUACAAAUGAUGGUGCACUGAACAUGCUGCUGGAGCUGCUGCGUGAUCAAGUAGCGCUCGAGUAUGCUGCACCAGACUCGAGCGAGAAGAAACAGGUUGUCUUGAUUCGAGGACGUAAGGUGAUUAUCCGCCUGGCGGCAUUUAUGUUCAAGUACCUGCUUCUUGAAAUCAAGCUGGGUGGUGACGAUGCGUGUGUACGUCGAGUGCUCGACGGAAUGCUCGACGGUCUGCGUAGUCGAGAACGCAAGCUGCAGAUUGCAGCCCUGGACGGGCUUCUUCACUUUAUCUCUGUGCUGAGUGCCCAGUCUCCGAACGAAGCUAAGGGUGACGGCAGUGCAGCAAAGGCACGAUUCGCAUUGCUUGCCCAGGAGCUUGGCUUGUUUUCGUUAUUGCAUGCUACUGGAUCCAGUGCGCUGCCCGGAUUUAACGCGGGCGCGAACACUGCUGAGAGGUCGACUCCAGAGCUCACAGCGGUGCUGCUAAACCGUCUCCCACUCGUUUUUACGCAAUGCCUUUCGCAUUUUGAGGGUGAUGAUACGACGCUAAAGAAAAUGGUACGCGACUGGUGCGUGUCUCCGGUACUAGCAGCGCGACCCACGAAUCGUGUCCAGCUUGCCCAAGGUUCUGCGUCCUGUCUACUUCUAUCGGCCUUGUUUCUUUCGAAUGCGAAGCUGGCACUGUGGGCUGUCCAGCAAACUGGGAACGACGGUACGGCAUUUCUUACGCGGUUGCACGAGUUCUUGGCAGCGUCGCGAACGUUUGACGACAAGAAGGCCUGUACUAGACAACUGCAAGAAAUAUGGGUCGACUGUGUGGCCAGCAUUUGUGGAGUUGAGCACGGUCCUGCCUGUGUCCCGCCUGCACUGAGAAUUGAAAUCUAUCGCAUGCUACAGGCGUCGCUAGACGAAGAGAGUGACUUGAUGCUUCGCGCUAGUGCCUUGAGCAUUCAAGUGAAACUCGGUAUCGUUGAGAAGACGCUGGAGAUGCCAUCUGGGGACGGACAGUUUCUGAUGGACAGCGUGUUUGAAGUGCUCGCGAGUGCGGAGAUCAUGGAAAGCAAGCACCGGGAGGCGGAAAAGGCAAAAGAGGGCAAGGAAAAAACAAAGAAGGAGGUGUCGAGACCGCUUUUGUACUGGAGCGGCGUCUCUCCUAGAGAGCGUGGCAUCGAGGCGCUGUCGUACCUGAUCACAUAUACCUCUGUAAAGGAUGCCUUCGUGCGGCACGCCGGUGCUGUGACUAGCGUGUUCAAAGUCGAGUUCCCGAGCACAAAGGAUUCUAGCACUGCUGCACAAGGCAGUGCUGGCUUCAGAUCAAACGUCUACUAUGGUAUCGGGUACAUUUUGCACCACGUUUUGACGUCGGAGGCUGCUAUCAAGCGGAAGCAAAUGGAGGGUAUGGAGAUGACGGCUAAUCAAUACGAAGAGCUGCAAAAAGCACUGAAGCAGAAGUCUGUGCUCGAGGACGGUGAUACGCCUGAACACGUGGAAGCCCGCGUCACUCGACUUGCUGCAUCCCGCGACGUGUUGACCACGCUUGUGCAGCUUCUGAAGCUGUCCGCUACCAAGUCAGAAAAUAUAAUGGAGAUGGCGACACUGAGUGCGUUGCAUGCUGCAGAAGUACCGUCGGUGAGGGGCAACCUGGUGCAGUGCGGCGUUUUCCAGGCACUGGUCCCGUUGGCAUUGCACCAUAUUGCGACAGCGAAGAUGAAAGGUGGCAACGCUUCCAAGAGCCCUUCGCAGCUUCAAGGCACAAAGAUAUCGAAUGCCGCAGGACAGGCGAUGGCGAAAAUACUGAUCAGCACGAAUCCGAACUUGAUCCCGUCGUCUUCCCUGUUUUCAUCCAUCCGGCCCCUGCUGGAUCUGUGCAAGGGUGACCAGCAGUUGUUGCAGUUCGAGGCACUCAUGGCGCUCACAAACGUUGCGAGUGUGUCGGAGGAAACGAAAGCGCGCAUUGUGGGUGAGCCGCAGGGACUCUCUACGUUGCAGUACCUCCAGUUCUCGGAGCACGAGCUGGUUCGUCGGGCAGCCACCGAAGCGAUCUGCAAUCUGCUUCCGAAUGACACGGUAAUCGAGCAGGUUUUUAUGAAAGAAGAGAAGGUCCGCCUCUGGAUUGCGUUUGCUUCUCUUGAGGAUGAGGCUGAGGAUUUUGAAACAGCGCGAGCUGCUAGCGGUGCACUCGCAAUGGUGUCUCAAGCGCCGCAAGUAAGCUGGGUUCUCAUGCGCCAAGGAGGGCUCAAAGCGUUUGCCACAAUUAUCGAAGAAGGAUCGAAUGUCGAGACUCUGCAUCGAGCUCUUAUUGGAAUGCAGAACAUGCUCGAGACAAUCGUCGGUGCUGCAGAGGACGCGGAGAAGGCCGAAGAGCGGAGCAAGUUUACCGAGGAGGUCCAACAGCACAGUGCGGCGCUGAAGCAGAAACUUGCUGUGCACUGCAGUACGGCUCCGAUCAAGGACGCAGCCCAAGGUUGCCUUGCAGCAUUAGAGCAGCUGAUCCAAUAG